AUGAACGUUCGACCUGACGUUGAUCUCGCCGAAAGUACCAAGGAGCUUGGAAUUGCCUUUGCUUUCGACAACUUUGAUGGAAAUUUGGGUAUUGGCUACAAUACCAUCUCUGUCCUCCACCUCCCCCCACCAUUCUACAAGAUGAUGGAGAAGAACCUGCUUGAGGAGCCUCUAUUUGCCUUUCACUUGGGCUCAGCUGAGGGAAGCAAGGCUGACCCAAAGGGUGGUGAGGUCGUCUUUGGCGGGCUUGACGAGGCGCACUACAAGGGUGAGAUCUUCUAUGCUCCAGGAAUGAAACUCCACUACGUCGGUGCUGCUAUUGAUACCGGACGCACUUUGCUCAUUGCUCUUCCAACCAAGACUGCCGAGAUCAACAACACGGAGAUUGACGCCAAGACGAGCUGGUCCGGCUAA